ACAUGCGCUGCAAUGUGGAACAUUCUGCAGCCCAUCUACGUGAAAUUUCCACAGGGGCCAACCGAAUGGAAAAAGAUUGCAGCAGAGAUAGAUUUACUCUGGAAUUUUCCUAAUUGUAUUGGUUGCAUUGAUGGAAAACAUGUCAACAUUGAGUGCCCCAGCAACUCAGGUGCAAGAAACCUGAACUAUAAGAAGACAUUUAGUACAGUUCUUAUGGCAGUAUGUGAUGCACGCUACAGCUUCACGUAUGUUGACAUCGGUCAUUAUGGCGGAGAGAGUGAUGGAGGGGUUUUUUCAAGGACGCCACUUUUCGGGGUUCUAGCUGACAGCGGAUAUGGCAUCCCUCCUCCUGCAAAUGUGGGCUCUGCAGGCCUGAUCCCCUACUUAAUGGUCGGGGAUGAGGCGUUUCCGCUGAAGCCCUUUCUCAUGAGGCCAUAUCCUGGGCGCGAGCUCCAAAGUUGCAGAAACAGGGAACCUGACCGGGAAGAGUACCUGAAAAUGGCCACCUUUAAUUACCGGCUGAGCCGUGCGAGACGGCUCAUAGAGAAUGCGUUUGGGAUCAUGGCCAGCAGGUGGCGAAUUCUACGAAGAGCAUUUCGAGCCUCGGAAGAAACAACAGAAAAUAUUGUGAAGGCGUGCGUGGCUUUGCACAACUUUCUGCUCAAGAAUUCUGCCAUGUCAAGGACUGCUUUGGAAGUACGGGACCGACUGGCCACAUACUUCCUCAACGAGGGAAAGGUCCCGUGGCAAGAAAGAAUCGUAACUCGAGCGGGACAGCAGGAAACAACGUAAGUACCGGGAUGAUGGCACUUGGUCAGCAGGCCUCUUGGCUGAUCUGGGCAAACCAAAGGAAGCAAAUCAGCCAGGACGUACAAGAAUAUUGAAGACAUGAUUUUCUUACCGUGAAGGACCUACAUCGGCUCCCGUGCCUGGGUGUUCAUAGAUGCUGCAAAAUAAAGGCAGACUGUGAAUUUGUGCUUCAGUAUUGUAAGAGGAGUAUGCAGUGCACCUUGCAGCACCAAUAAAGGAUUGA